CGUCCCGCCGCCAUUCGGGUGGCCGCGCGCAGGCCCCGCAGCUGCUGCUGCCCGGGGGUCCUCGCCGCCCUGGCCUGGACGCGGCGCCGGACGCACAACAUUUCUACCUAAAGUGCACAGUGUGUGUUGUGACAGAGAAGAUGGAGGUGUUGCAGGAAGUGCGUAGGCCCUCAGCCCGCCUGCAGUGUGACCACUGUGGGUUCAGGGGCACCGACUAUGAGAGUGUGCAGAUCCACAUGGGCACCAUGCACCCAGAGUUCUGUGACCACAUGGAUGCUGGGGGGCUAGGGAAGAUGAUAUUUUACCAGAAAAGCGCGAAACUCUUCCACUGCCACAAGUGCUUCUUCACCAGCAAGAUGUACUCUAAUGUGUACUAUCACAUCACGUCCAAACAUGCAGCCCCAGAGAAGUGGACUGAUCACCCAAAAAGCCAGUUAAACAAAGAGGCAGAUCCUGUGGAAAGCCCUUCUCCUGAACACCAGAAUACACCUUCUAGCCCAGUAGAACCAAGGCCUGUCCCUGCCCUCCCCGUAGAAGCACAGAAACUUGGCCCAGGUUUGUCUCCAGAGUCACCAAAACCUGUCCCUCCUGUUCCCCUGGAUCCUCAGAAGCUGGGCCCUGUUGUCCCUCCUGAGCCACCAAAAACUCCUGUUCCUUCUCCUGAACUUCCAAAACCAGCUCCUUUGGUUUGUGAUCCACAGAAGUCUGCCUCCGUCCCUUCUCCAGAACCUCAGAAGCCUGCUUCCAUAUCUCCUGAGCCAGUGAAAGUUGCUCUUGUGAGCCCCAAGCCGCAGAAGCACUCUCCCUUUACAGACACAGGGGGUCCCCCUUCAGCCUCUUCCCCAGAGUCACCGGUUCUGGCUACUUCCCCUGAGCCUUGGGGGCCAUCACCAACUGCAUCUCCAGAGUCUCGGAAGCCAGCCCGGACUGCCUCCCCUGAGCCAAGAAAGCCAUCCCCAUCAGAAUCUCCUGAACCUUGGAAGACAUUCCCUGCCAUCUCCCCAGAGCCCCGGAGACCAGCCCCAGCUGGGUCACCAGGAUCCUGGAAGCCAGGGCCACCUGGGUCCCCUAGGCCUUGGAAAUCCAGUCCUUCUGCAUCAUCAGGACCUUGGAAGCCAUCUAAGCCUGCUCCAUCUGUGUCUCCCGGACCUUGGAAGCCAAUUCCUUCUAUAUCACCAGGCCCUUGGAAACCAACUCCACCUGUGUCCCCUGCAUCCUGGAAGUCUUCAGUCUCACCUGGUUCCUGGAAAACUCCCCCCACAUCUCCAGAGUCGUGGAAGUCUGGCCCGCCAGAGCUUCGAAAGACUGCUCCCACUUUGUCACCUGAGCACUGGAAGGCAGUUCCCCCUGUGUCUCCCGAGCUUCGCAGGCCAGGCCCACCACUCUCCCCAGAUAUCCGAAGCCCAGCGGGUUCUCCAGAGCUCAGGAAACCCUCAGGGUCACCAGACCUCUGGAAGCUUUCUCCUGACCAGAGGAAAACCUCUGCAUCACUUGAUUUUUCUGAGGCUCAGAAAAGUUCCCGUGGUGGUUCUCCUGAUCUCUGGAAGUCUUCCUUUAUGAUGGAACCUCAGAAAUCUUCUGUCUUCCCUGAGGCACGGAAAUCGGGUCCUUCUGGGUCAUCUGAGUCCCCCAAAGUGGCCUCAGAUGUCUGGAAGCCUGUCCUCUCUAUCGAUGCUGAGCCUAGAAAGUCCACGCUGUUUCCUGAGUCCACCAAAGCAGUCCCUCCUGUUUCCCCAGAACCACGGAAACGUGUGCUUUUCCCUGAGUCCCGGAAGCACACGCUUUUCCCUGAGCUCCCCAAAGCACCCAUGCUCUCAGAGGCUCAGAAGGCAGCAGAGCUUGGAGAUGAACUGCAGCUGGAUGCCAGAGAUGAGGAAAGGGGAGACACUUUGGUUCCGGAAGAGCUGCUGGCCACACCUAAGAAACUCCUGGAAGAUGCUUUAAGUCCUUCUUCCAAGAAGCUCAAGAAGGACAGCCAAGAGAACUCGGAUGCUGAACUUAGUAGUAGUGAGUACAUCAGAUCAGAUUUGGACACCAUUGACCUGAAGGGCCAAGAGUCAAGCAGUGAUCAAGAACAGGUGGAUGUGGAAUCUCUGGAUUUUAGCAAAGAGAGCAAAAUGGACAUGACCAGUCCAGAGCAAUCCAAAAACGUGCUGCAGUUCACUGAAGAAAAAGAAGCAUUUAUCUCUGAAGAGGAGAUUGCAAAAUACAUGAAGCGAGGAAAGGGAAAGUAUUAUUGCAAAAUUUGUUGCUGUCGUGCUAUGAAAAAAGGUGCAGUUUUGCAUCAUUUGGUCAAUAAGCACAAUGUCCAUAGUCCAUACAAGUGCACAAUUUGUGGGAAGGCAUUUCUUUUGGAAUCUCUCCUUAAAAAUCACGUAGCAGCCCAUGGGCAGAGUUUACUUAAAUGUCCACGCUGUAAUUUUGAGUCAAAUUUCCCAAGAGGCUUUAAGAAGCAUUUAACGCAUUGUCAAAGCCGGCAUAACGAGGAGGCAAAUAAGAAGCUGAUGGAAGCCCUCGAGUCCCCAUUGGAGGAGCAGCCAAUCUGAUUUUCAAGCACAGAGUGAGUACUUGCUCUGCUGCAGAGUUGUUUGCUGACAUUGUAGCUUGUUCCGUAGCCUAGUUGGAUCAGUAGAUGGUGAUGUGUAUGGUGUACUGUGUUUAAAUUGUUUCACUAGUGUUACAAAGGAAGCAUUUGGUUAUUUGUUCAUGGUCUCUUUUUUGGCUACCUUAUAAGUCAACACAUUUUUACUGUGUAUUUCAGAUGAAUAAAACUUCUGUUUUUUUAAAAGUAUAUUUGAAUAGUAAUACAAAGGGGUAGGCAUUCUAUUUAGUAAACAGAGCAAGUUCUAAACACCUAGUUAAAACAUAUCUUUGUGUGUUAUGUAAAACUGAUUUCAGAUAAAAGAAAUUUUCAGUGGAGGACUUCCUAGCAUGCUCGAGGCCCUGGGUUCAAUCCCCAAUAUCUUUAAAAAAAAAAAAAAAAUUAAGUGGAAUGUUUAAGAAUUAGGUGUGAAAAAUAAAUUUGAGAAAAAAGUUGUUCCUUAAAUGUAUUUUCAAAUCAUGAGUUAUUUUCUAUUUGAUCAUGUAAAAUUAGUUUAUAAAUCUAACAGUUUCUAGAUGUUUAUUAACUUUUAUGUCAUAGAAAGUUGGGAGUCUCAGGGUGGCUGAUUUUUCUGCUAACAGGGAAAGUUGAGUAAGUCUUUAAAGCAGGAGGCUAAGAGAGUGAUAGUGUAGUGGGGUUGCUCUUUUCCUUAGUUAUUCCAGGGGAGUCUUCCGUGUGGUGUCUUGCUCUUCACUUCCCUGCCAGCUCACACUAACAGAUGAUCCUUAAUUGCCAAAUGUGUUGCAGAGUUUGAAACUCCUCCGCCUGGGCCUUACGUGCCCCCCUGUUGGUGCUUAAGACCAGGGUAAUGGGUAGAAGCUGAAAGUCUUCCAGAUUCACAGCAAAAUGUUUUAUAAGCAGAGCUCGGCAUGGUGGGGUACACUUGGAAUCCCAGCUACUCAGGAGGCUGAGGCAGGACGAUUGUUUGAGCCCAGGAGCCGAAGACCAGCCUAGGUACCAUAGUGAAAUGUUAGAGAGAGAGAGAGAGAGAGAGAGAGAAAGAGACAGAAGAAAAAAAUGUAAAUACAUUUUUGAGAAAUACUUCAGUUUUGUUACUGUAAAUACCUCAUGCCUGUUCAUGGGUUAUUUUAUUCCAAGAUAUUUUGUCAAAUGUGUAUCAACAAAUUAAAAAAGGCUUUCAUGCCACCAGUGUCUUCAUGGGUGUUUUCUUUUGUGUAAUUGUGUUAAUCAGACCAUCAUUGCUCUUACAAAUACCUGGGAGAAACAGUUUAAUGGUUUAUUUUAGCUCACGGUUUUAGAUUUCAGUCCAUAGUCAACUUACACCAUUAGUUUUAGGGCCUUAGCAAGGCAGAAGCAUCCUGGAGGAAGGACUUGCUAGAGGAAAGCCUCCAGUAGCCAGAAAGCAAAGAGGAGUGACAGCCAGGACCAAGAUACACCCUCAAAGGCACGCCUUUAGCAACAACUCACUUUCUCCCACAGUCCCACCACCUCCCUGUAGUCUGUACAUAUAGGGGUAGAUUAAAUCAUUGACCAGGCAGGGCCCUCAUGAUCCAAUUGCAAUGCCCAGAGACAAUGACAUUGGCUUUACUAACCUCAUCCAAUCAAGUUGACAAGAUUAACUGUCAGUAAUUUUUGC